AUGAAGCCCGUUGUGUCGGCGUUGAACGCAUGGUCUUGUGUCGUUAUUUCCAUCUUCGCAAUCGUCAUUCUGUCCGUCCUCGGCUCGUUAUACGGCAGCAAUAACCACUCUUUUACCGGCUCGGAAGGAGAUCCCGAAGAUGGCCCUGCAGUUGCUGCCUCCAUCUAUGCGGCUGUGAUUGUCUAUGCGGGAUUCUUCGUUUUCUGUGGCUUCCAAGCUUACCUCCACAUGCGAGACAACCGAGGCGGUGCUAUAUCACUUCGUUAA